UGACACGCGCGCUCUAUGCUUCGGGAUAGAUUAAGGAAAUGACUUUUUUCGUUUCCAUUUAAUAUCCCUAGAGAAAGUUUUCAACUUGUUCAUUUUUGCGAAUAAUUAGGAGAUUUUUAAAAUACCUUCUAUGGUCAUAUCUGCGGCUGUCAUUAGUUGACAGAUAAGAAAAAAUUGACAUUUCGUUAAAGAAUGCAUCCUCAACAUUUGGCGAAAUAUCUAACCCAAGGUAUAUGGUCGAACAAACCGUGAUGAAUUUUUACAUUUGAAAGAUCGAUUUAAAUCGAUUAAAAAUAAAGACGGGGACAGGUUCGGACAGUGGAAUUUUUUUUUGCAAUUAGUAACAUCAUGGUUGAUCCUUAUGCCUUGAUGACGUUGUCAAGGUCGGUCCUUGCCCCGAGUUCGGACUUGACCCUUAAGCCGUAUCAUCAAGAUGCGCGCGCAACGACACGCGCGCUCUCUGCUUUGGGUCAAACAUCCAACUAUUCGGGUAGACUGAGGAAAUGACUUUUUCUGCUUCUACUUCAUACCGCUGAGGAAAUUGUUCAUCUAAACUAUUUAAUUUCCAUGAGUAAUUGGAAAAUUUAUGAACAUCUGCGAUGGUCAUAUCGUCAGCUGCCGAGAAUUGAUAGAUAAGUAAAAAUUGACAUUUCGUUAAUGAUUGCUUCUAUGGCCUUCGGUUUAAUGAUAUCUAUUCGAAUAUGUUCGAUCGGAUGAUCCGUGAUGAAUUUUUCUAUUCCAAAGACCAAUCUAAACAGCGCGAGGACACGUUUGGACAGUGUAAACAUUUUUUACGCAAUUAAGAACAACACAGUUGGUGGUGGCAGGUGUAUUUGAUCAAGACCAUGAGCCGAAGGAGAUAAUAUCAUUAUAGGGAUGACAUCGAUGCGUAAAGUAUUAAAAAAAGAUCCCAACCUUCCUAUCUUACCUAAGUCGCUCCUUCCCCCCUGCAUCCUUAAAAUCGAAUCAUUUUUAAAGGUCCAUGUUGAGUCCCCCAUUAACCUUACAUCAGUCCAGUAAAAUCACGUCGCGUUAUCGGGGCUCGGUUCUUACGUCGGCCAGGAAAGCAGGUCGUAAAAAUCGCAAUUUUUCGCAUUAUUCUGCGUUUAUUUUCUUGCGAUUAGUCAGUUACCUCCUGCCACUCGACGGUACAGAUAGGUCUGUCCUUACGCAAUUUAUUUUCCUUUUUCUUCUCUCCUGAUGAAUGUCAAUGAGAAAUUUCUCGGCGAGUUAAUUUGGCGGGGAAGGCCUCUGUGCUUUGUGAAAAUUCGAAGAAAAUACGGCCUUUCAUGGAAAUCAAAAACGAGGGCGAUAGUUACACUGAGAGUCGUCGGUGUGCAGUGGUCGUUCAUUGAAACGACUAAGGAUCGGGAGUCAUUCAUGGCCAGUCGAUGCCGGUGGUACGAUAAGACUUAUCCAUACUGGGAGCUCUCGAAGAAUCAGGAAAUCGAGUCGCCGCUAAGGCACACGGAAAUCGCCGACUGAUUUUCAUCCGCAAAUACACAUCUUUCGUCGGCGUUAGUUUUCAACUAAACUGGAAUUUUCCGGCCGCCCUUGAAUAGCCGAAGGCAACCUCUGCGAUUUCUACAUUCGUCAACGAGAGAGACCGAGUCGCUCAAUGUCGCUGCAACACCGAAACGAUACUCGAUGCUAUCGACGGUCAAUGAUUACACAGACGCUGACUUACACAAACUGUAAAAGCAAAACUAUAACUUGGAAACGACUUCGUCAGCAGCGAUAACGCGAACGAGCCGAAAGGACAGAAGCAGAGUGAAGCACAAAUACGUACCCGAAGAGUGUCCAGGAAGACACGGAAACAAGAGGCGACGACCCAGAAGGUGGUUUUGAAUGUUAGAAGGUGCGGGGGUGGCUAGAGUGGCCCCACCGCAGGGUACGGGUCCCGAUGCCGGUCCCUGUAUCGCAGACCCUCACGCUGACCUCCACCCUCGUGCCCAAGGAGGAGUCAAACAUGCCCUUCAUAGACGACGAGCUACUCUGGUGCCCUGACAACGACGGCAAGAUGGUCGACUUGACCCAGUGCCUUCAGGAGAGCAGCACGGGUCAAUCGGUGGAAUUCUCGGCGAUAGAACUCAGCAGUUUGGUCGGAGCACCGGCUGCACCUAGCGCAUCCUCGGAGGAGAGCGAGGGUAUGUCCGGGGUCACGGGAGAGGAGCCCUUCGAUACCCUGGACACGUUCCUGAGGGAGCUCCAGGCGGACCUGGCCGAGGCCAGUCAACCCACCUCCACCACCGCGCCCACGACACCCUCCUGCAGGCGACAGAGGUACAACAUCGCCGCAGCUAAUCCACUGUUAGCAGUGCACCUUUUACUUUCAGAAAAGCUAGCCGCCCCCUCGUCGCAGGCCUCGCUCACCUCCAUUCCUUACGCUGCGAGGGCGGAAAUCAAGACGGAAAAUAUACAGCCCGAGACCAGCAAAGUGGACACCAGGGAAGUGCAGCCACACGAUACGGCCGAUAAGGAAGCCCUAGGUUUGGCCACCGUCAAGGCGGAACCCGGUACCACCACCGGUACCAGACUUCUCCAUGGCAUCCUCUCGCAGCACCCCCAGCAACACCCCCUGGGAGUGCCUAACGGGUACGGUCGCCAUUUGGCCAGUCACCCCCCGUUGGGACAGCCGCCCUACACCACUGCCGCCAUCGCGACUACCAGCACCCCAGGAAGCGGAUCACUGCCGGCCAGUCCAGCUGACAGCGGCGUCAGCGACGUCGAGUCCAGCACGUCGUCGGGCGGCAACGAGGACGCGAACCUCCUCCUGAAGGCGCGCCUCAACCCGAACCCGUCCCUCCAGCCAAGUCUGGCCACCCACCACUCGCACCUGCCCUCAGCCGCCCUCGGCAGCAGAGCGAGCUGCCACAGUCCCGGGGUGGUCUAUCCGUCGACCGCAGGAUUUUUGCCGCCAUCUUACCAUCCGCACCAACAUCAUCCCUCCCAGUACCAUCCGCACAGGGGGAGCUCGCCACACCACCAGCACGGCACCCACGGCAUGGGCCCGUCCAUGGGGCCGCCGCACCAUCACCAUCACCAUCAGGCCCAGAGCUUACAGCACUUGCACUAUCGCCAACCACCUACGCUGUCGGAGAGCUACAGCAGCUACGUGAACUCGAUGUACGGAGGCGGAGGGCAGUUUGCGGCACCCUGCACCCCCAGUCCCCCGCGAGGGCCCGGAGGGGUGCCGACGAGCGUGAUCCAGGCAGCGACCAGCUCGGUCUCGGACGACCUGUACCUUUUGGAGCUCGGGUUCCCGCCGCGGCCCAAGAAAAGCAAGUUGAAGAAGCCGCGGCAGGGUGAGGGCGCCGCCGUCAAGCGGAAAUCCCGGGAAGGCUCGACGACCUAUCUCUGGGAGUUCCUGCUGAAGCUGCUGCAGGACCGCGAGUACUGCCCGCGCUACAUCAAGUGGACGAACCGCGAGCGGGGCGUUUUCAAGCUCGUCGACAGCAAGGCGGUCUCGAGGCUCUGGGGUCUGCACAAGAACAAGCCGGACAUGAAUUACGAGACCAUGGGCCGCGCGCUGCGGUACUACUACCAGCGUGGCAUCCUGGCCAAGGUCGACGGACAGCGGCUGGUCUACCAGUUCGUCGACGUGCCCAAGGACAUCGUGGAGAUCGACUGCACGGGCGCAUGAGGCAGGGUUCGCCUCUCGAGGGAGCUCGGAUCGCACAGAAAGGGCCAGGGCUGCUCGACGGCGACGUUGACGACGACAACGACGACGACGACCGCGACGACGACGACGUAACGCCCUCUCUCGACGUCCGCUGUUCCUUGUAUUAUAAUUCUAGCCCUGUAGUUAAGCGGAGCGUCCGUUCGCGCGAUCGCAGCGCGCUAGGUCCCUCGCUCGCGUCGCCGGACCGGCUCGUUUUCCUCUGUCUCUUUCCGUUUGUUUUUUAAAUUUGUACAAAAUUUAGUUCGUAGAUGAAUGGGAAAAGGCGCGGCGCGUAUACCGGUAUAUAUUUUACUAAACGCUGUGGACAAAUUACUUAAUUUCUAGGGUGGUAAGCGAAAUUUGUACAUUCGAGGCGCGAUAAAUUAUUUAUUGUACAUUAGACGCGGUUGCAUACCUAACUAGGAAAUUGUUAACGGGGAAAAGAGUGGGAAGAGAUGAAAUCUAUGCGAAGACAAACGCGGAAAGUUGGAGAAAUCGAAACGAAAUAUUCGAGGGCUGUGAAGAGGUUUAAACAAGACGCGUUUUAUGGGUCCUGUCGGGCGAGCUCAGGGAGGGAUAACGCUAUAUUUUUUUAAGUAUACCGGAGCGACGACUGUUCUGCUUGAGCUGAGGGUUCAACGAUGUAAAGGUGCUGGCUAUUACACACGAGGUCCAAGAAUGUUAUUUAGCAACCUAGUGUUAAACGAUUCGUCGAAGCGAUUCGGACAGAUAUUAUAUCUCUGUAAAUAUAAAGUAUACCUUUAGAUUAUAUUAUAUAUAUUAUUGAAUAUUAUAUAUAUUAUAUGAAUAUAUAUUGUACGUUAUGUAGUAAAUGGCGCGAGUUUAUCUGUUCGUACGAGAGUUUCGAAUCGUGUCCGAGGAAGAAGCUUCGCUCGCCCGUACGAUGUCUCGGCUCUCGAUGUUAAGGAAAAUCGAACGUUCGUUUAACUCACCGAUCACCGACGUUGGAAUCGCACGAUCGGUUCAGUCGCUGCUCCCCUUCGAUCGUUUCAGAAAUUCUCAUCGAAUCCCAUUGCUCGAAUGCGCACACGACCUUUUUUUCCUCCUGAUCAGAGGUGUCGUACCAUUAACGCGAGAGCCUUCCUCCAGUCUGGGGUGUGUAAUAAACGAUGUUAGUUUAGCAAAAAUUUUAACUUAUUGACGCCCCAGAAUGCAAAGUGCGGGCGCGUGGAUGUCGCCUAGACUUAAGAUUUGUAUAUAGAGAUUCGCUUAAAGAAAACAUAAAUAUGUCGAACGUC